CAGGUAGCUUAUUCCGCCCCCUCUCUCCAUCUUUCUCUCUCUUCUACCUCACUUAUUCCUCACAUCACCUCCAACCCCACCACCUACACCAUGGAAGGCAAAGAAUUCUUCUCCGACAGCUUCAUCAACAAAACCAUCACUUUUUCCUCCCCAGACUCUCACUACCGCUUAAUCAAAAAGCUCCGCGAAUUCAACGACCAGCGCGACCCCGAGAUGUUCCUGAACUCGCCGGACAAGCCCGGAGGCGCCUAUGGAACUUUCCUAUGCUCGAACACCGUAAACCCUACCGAGGAGAAAAUAAUGAGGAUCAUUAUGCAGUAGGUCUAUACCUAAAAACUUUCUUACUUCUCCAACCACACUGAUCACGAGUACUGUAAAG